UAGACUCAUUGUUUGUUGUGCAGCUGAGCACCUUCUUACUACCAGAUAUAAUCUUAGAUGACAUUUUGCAAGAUACCUGUUUUAAAAUUGACAUUCUACUGGCACCUGAACUCGCUGUGUCAUCUAUCAUCCACUGCUCUGUGAUGCCGUUUUGUUUCUCGUGGCCUGUGAUGCCGUUGCCGCCAUUCUGUGUCCUGUCCUGGCCUUUCUCCUAAGCGAGUCAGUGCUGUAUGUGAUAAACAGGCGCCAUUUUCUUCAACAGCCAGGAAGUAACAGGACGGAGAUUGUGGGAUAAUGUUGAACAUAUUUGACAAAGAAAGAGAUAUGAUCUGACCGACUUGUAGGUAUAUGGAGCAAGUGUUUAUGUUACUGUGAUCUCCAAGCUGCAGCACCAGAAGUGAACAUAAAGUUUAACAAUCGCUGACAGAAAUAUUACAGGAUCUACUGUCGGAAUGGAAGCCAUGUUAGGGCAGUCUAGACGAGGUGUAAAUCCAAGAUCAGGACAGGUGACAGUACAGACACAACCUCCAUUAGCUGAACAGGAAACAAAUACAACAUCAGCUCCACAUUCUCCUGUUUUCUUAGACAAGGCAGAAUGUGUGCGUUCCUUCAGUGCUAAACUGGAAGAUGAUAGAAUACCUGUCAUAUCUGGGUUAGCCAUAGAUAAGGAACACAUGUUUGUUGUGGAUAGAAGAAACUUCAGAACAAAAGUAUUCACACAUGAAGGACAAUUUAAGUUUGACAUUAAAGUAAACGCACCAUGGGAUGUGGCUGUGUCACAGACUGGUCACCUGUAUAUAACAUCAUGGGGUGACAGAUGUGUCCAAGUGUACUCCACCAGAGGUCAGCAGGUGACAACCAUGGGUCAGGGUCUACUGGGGUCACCACGGGGUAUUACACUGAACAGACAAGGUCAUGUGAUGGUUUGUGACGGAAGAAAGAAGUCCAUCUUCACAUUCCAUGCAGACAGUGGGCAGCUUCUGAACACUAUUCCACUCAGUAUGUGUGAAUUCCCAGUGUACAUCACAGUGAACAGUGUGAAUGAUAACAUUGUGAUAACAGACUGGGGCAGUGACAUGCGGAGGUACUGUGUACAUGUGCUGUCACCUACUGGUGAUCAUCUGUACCAGUAUAACGGCAGCAGAGAAGGCAGUGAACUGUGGUAUCCACAUGGAGUGUGCACAGACAGCUAUGGUCACAUCUUCAUUGCUGACAGUGGUAAACAGAGGAUAGUGGCACUGAGUCCACAGGGACAGUUUAUCAGAUACAUUGUCACUUGGGAUGAUGGGUUGUUGUUUCCCAGUGCAGUAGUCAUCAACCCUGCUGGACAACUGGUGGUGGGAGAGAACAAGGGCAAUGUUAAGACAUUCCAGUACGUUGAACUGAAACAAGGUGAGUUUAAUGAACGGCUUCGCCGAUUGUGUGAAAGUGGUAAGAUUCCAGUAUACCGACAGCGAGUAGCUAUUGUAGGACCUUACGGUGUGGGGAAGACUUAUCUCGCCAAGCGCCUCAUCCAUGAGGAAUAUAUCAAAGAAGAAGAUGCAAAUACAACUGGCGUGAAUAUAUACCGCCAUAGGUUUGUUGUCCAUAAAGCUGGCCGAUCCUGUUGGAUCAGAGGAAAAGAUGAUCCAAAAGACCAGUUUGCACAAAACAUGGCAAUUGGAGUACAGAAUUCAGAUACGUUUUGUGAGCCGGACUUAACAGUAUUGGACCAAACGCCACUAGAGGAAUCCCUACCAGAUUCGGAAGAGAAUAUUAAUAAUAUGCUGACAAAUAGAGCCGCUCCCCCUGAUGACAGUGAAUCACCUGCCUCUCCUGACAAAGCAGCAGCCGCUCCCCCUGAUGACAGUGAAUCACCUGCCUCACCUGACAGAGCAGCAGUGGCAGAAAGGGACCAUCUAGAUGAUAUUGACAAGGAGCUAUUGGAAAAAAUCGAGAAAAUUGCCCGAGGAGAAGAUGUGGAGCCAGAGAAACAGGUCACAAUUUGGGAUUUUGCAGGACAGGAUGUCUACUACACCACGCACCAAACGUUCCUCUCAGAGCGGAUCAUCUACUUGUUGGUAUUCCGACUUGACCAGGACCUCGAUGAUAAAAUCCGUGUAUACAGGGGAGAGAAAACGUUGAAAGAGUUUAUUAUGUUUUGGUUAAACUCAAUCCAUAUGCACACUAUUGGAAAAUUGAGGGAAGAAGACAAAAAUGCCAUGCCAUACGUCUUGAUUAUUGGAACUCAUAAGGACAUGUUAUGCCCACAGGUGAAAACGCUUUUCUUAUCACAAUUAUUCAAUUACUACCAUACUUAUUCUAUGUAUAAUUUGUAUCCCUUCAACCAUAUCACAUUGCGAUUCCUGAUGAGUGACUUAAUUGUACCUCCAGCGUAG